AUUUUUCUCUUUCGAAAGUUACACACACGUGCGGUUUUGUCAGCACUCAGCAGAUACGUAUGCAAUAAGUGCAUUUUGCCCUUACUGUUACUUUGUGCUGUGGAGUUGUCCGUGUAAGCAGUGAAAUUUUUGUGUCCAACAUGAUUUUUCAGUGUCAUGUGUGCGAUAAGGUCUAUCCUAAAAAAAGGAAAUUUGAAUAGACACCUGUUAGAGGUUCAUGGACUGCAGAUAGAGCAGAAAAAACUGUUUGUGUGCGCCCUGUGUAAUGAAAGAAGUACUUCUGAAAAGUGCCUGUUUGAACAUUUACAGUCGGCACAUGAAGUAGAUGUGAAAUAUUACAUUUUAGCACCGCUGAUGAAUUUCAGAAGUGGAAGGAGGAAACUGAGCAGACAAAGCUCUCAAAGUUCGUCAAACGUUGUGGUUCCCAUGCUAAGGUUGAUUCAGAAGUUGUUUCUUAUAUUUGUCACCGGUCUGGUAAGUUUGUGUCUAGAGGAAGAAACGUGCGAUGUCUUAAAUUGCAAGGUAGUAGUAAGAUUGAUGCACUGUGCCCAGCUAAGAUAAGAGUAGAUAUGAAAAAGAAUGGAACCUGCUGUGUGAAAUAUGUUUCAACCCAUUUUGGCCACAAAUCCGAGUUAUGUCAUCUGCAACUAACAAAAAGAGAAAGGGAAAGUAUUGCUGCAGAUGUAGCAAGUGGCAUACCAUUCUCUGUCAUAUUAGACAAAAUUCGAGAUACAGUUGUGGAUUCGAACUUGGAAAGGAUACAUUUGAUUACGAGACAGGAUCUACAUAAUAUAGAUCAGGGAAAUACGGAAACGUCCGAUCCCGCCCGUCUGCUUUGACCCAUGACGUCACAAAUAUGGCGGAAACGACCAUAAACCACGAUUCCAAUAUGGCGCAUUAUGAGAACGAAAAUACAUCGAAAAACAAACACACACACUUUCUACAAAAAGCCUAAUGACACUAACGGGACAAGCGCGGGAAAUGGGGUGUUUUUUGGUGGGGGCAAACUAAAUAUAAUUUAAUUUAGACACCCACCCCCAUACAAAACCACACAAAACGACACGAAAAAAAACAGACAUCACAAAACUCUCCAAAUACCACUAAACACAAUAUCAUCUGGAAUCGGACACUUCCCUUGACCUAUAUAGCUCAACAGCAGCUCCCGAUCCCAUAAAUUAGAUUCAAACAUUUCCCUUGGCCUAUAGAGCUAAAAAACAUCUCCUGAGACCAAUAUCAACAUACACAGCCACACAUUGGGAACGAAUCCUUCCCUUUACCUGCGCACUGUUAAUUUUAUCCGUCAUAUCCAUUCCUGAACAAAAACAACAACCAAUUAAUUUUACUAAAAUUACCACACGAUGUACAGCGAACAACACUAAAUUAACCUUCACACAAAAUCGUUAACUCACUGAAACGAAUUCAACUACAAACACAGCCGACACUAACAAUUCUGGAUAUUGAGCAAAAGCAAACUGAGCCCAUUACACCACACAAACGAAAACCCUGAACAUACCACCAGAGAGCACAACAAACCACAACACGAUGACAUCUACAAACACGCCUCACUCACAACCCAAACUCCGCGUUGUCAUGAUGUCACACACGACAACACCCUUACGUCACGGGUCAAAGCCGAUGCGUGGGAUCGGACGCUUCUGUCGACCCUAGAUCAGUCUUAUAAUUUGUCCUUCAAGUCAAUAAGACACCAUAAUGAUGCAAUAAGUGUAGAAGCAUGGGUAAAUGAAGUAAAUGGUGGAGACAGGCCUUGUGUGCUUUUCUAUAAACCACAGGAUGUAGUCCUUGAUUCGUACCCACAAUUAAAGCGCUCUGAUUUUGCAUUGAUAAUUAUGAACAAUGCUCAAGGCGAGAUAUUAAAGAAAUCUGGGAACGACUGCGUUUGUGUUGAUGGGACACAUGGUCUUAAUGGAUAUAAUUUUGAACUUGUAACUCUACUAGUGCUAGACGAUCUGAGACAAGGGUUUCCAUGCGCGUUUCUAAUAUCUAACAGGAAUGACUCCCAGAUGCUGUCCAUAUUUUUCCAGCUCAUAAAGAGUCAGGUUGGAUCAAUUUCGCCAAAUGUUUUUAUGUCGGAUUUGGCCGAGUCUUUCUUUAUUGCAUGGAAUGAUGUCAUGGCAGCUCCAUCUAUGCGACUUUAUUGUACAUGGCAUGUUGAUAGAUGUUGGAGGAAGAAUAUAAAAUGUAAGAUUCAAGGUGUAGAAAAACAAGGUGAAGUAUACAAGCAAAUCAGAACUUUGAUGCAUGAGCAGGAUGUAGAUUAAUUUGAUGAGAUGUUAAAUAUUGUGCUAGAGAGAUUGUAAUGUGAUCCUGAUACAGUUCAAUUUGCCACAUACUUCCGAGACAACUAUGUUGGGAAUGCAAAUUGUUGGGCAUAUUGCCAUAGGUUGAAUGCUGGAAUCAAUACCAACAUGCAUAUAGAAAGAAUGCAUCGCACUAUUAAAUCUAUAUAUCUAGGUAGUAAAUGUGUCAAGCGUUUAGACAAAGCUAUUUUUGCAUUGAUGUCAUUUGUGAAGCACAAGCUGUUUGACAGGCUUAUUGUGCUAAAUAAAGGUAAACUGGCGAGUAAACUUAAGGACAUUCGCCUUCGGCAUAAAUCAGGGAAUAAUAUUAAGGAGGACUUCAUUACUAUGGAGUUUUCUGGUUGGAAAGUGCGUUCUUCUUCAGGAAGGUCAACAGAUUAUUUUGUAUAUGAUAAUGACUUUCAGUGCAACUGCAGAUUGAUGUGCAUUAAAUGUAGGGCUUGCAUUCAUAGGUAUUCUUGUACAUGUAUUGACUAUACCAUCAAAUGGAAUAUGUGCAAGCACAUACAUAGUGUUUGCCAGAUUCAGUUAAAGCAGCAACCUUCUGAACACCUAGGAAAUAGUGAAGUUACACUUAUUGAGAGUGAAGAUAUUUCUGUUGUAGAUGAGAAAACAGAAAUACUAGUGGAGGUAACGAAAAAAAGUGUUAAUGAUUCUGUACCUUUGUCAGUCCAAAGAAGUGAACUUAUCGCAGAAUUUUCUGGUAUUGUAUCUGAACUGACCUCAAAUGACUUGGAAACUGCUAAAAAAAUGUUAUCAUCACUAAAGGCAACUGUAGCUGUCGGAAUGUUGCAGCAAAAACAGGCACCGCUGCAAAUAGAAAGGAAACAAGCACAAAACAUUUUGCCUCAACGUAGACUGUACUCUACAAAGAAAAACAAAAGGAGUAAUAAUGCAUCCCUGGUGCUACCAAAUUCAGAAGAAUCCAGUUUGAUCAAAUUAUCUCUACUGGCAGACAAAGAAGAUGCACUUGUGGAAAAGGUUCAGCUGUUCAAAAGCAACCAACAAGAAAAACUACAGAGGGUGUAGCAGGUCCAUCCCCGAUUACAGCAUGUGCCCUACAGCACAGCCUGACAAAUCGCUCAACACCCAUGAUUCAGCCAAUAGCAAAACAGGCUGAGGUGGUAUCUGGUCCGUCUCUCGCUACAUCGUAUGUGCUGAAACACAGCCCGAGGAAUAGCUCAACUUCCACAAUUCAACCAAUACCAAAACAGGCUGUGGUGGUACCACAUCCAUCCAUCGGUACAGUGCGUGUGUUGCUACACAGCUCAACAAAUGGUGCUGUUCUCCCACAUUUAAACCAGUGACAGGGCAGGAUAAGAUGGUAUCAGUGCCUUCCCUUACUACAGCGCAUGUGCUGCAACACAGCUAUGGAAUGCAACCUGUGAUGCCAGGAAACUCACAGAUAAACUAAAUCAUGUGCCAGAUGUCGAGCACCAUUGUGUUUGGAAGUUCCAUUGUUCUGUGUGCAAACAGUUUUGGAAGUUUGGAUGAAUCAAGUUUCUGAAACUGACUGGAAAGAAACUUAAUUAUCAAAAACUAAGAUUUUAUUGCAAUUCAUGAUACUGUGAAAUAUUUUUAUAAUUGCUGUAGAUUCAGCUAAAAGUUACAGUAAAAUUUUCUUGUAAGUUAUGCCUACAGAAACUUUUGUACUGAAUUUAAUCUUUUCUUUUGGUUUAUAAUUUUGAUGUGAAAUCUAUUUUCUGUUUAAAUAUGAAGUUUCGAUUGUGUAUCUUAAUAUUUAUAGCUGAU